CAGAGCACCAGCACCAUGCCUAUGACCCUGGGAUACUGGAACACCCGCAGACUGACUCACCCCAUCCGCCUGCUCCUGGAAUACACAGACUCAAGCUAUGAGGAGAAGAGAUACGUGAUGGGGGAUGCCCCCGACUUUGACAGAAGCCAGUGGCUGAGUGAAAAAUUCGAUCUUGGCCUGGACAUUCCCAAUCUGCCCUACUUAAUUGAUGGGUCCCACAAGAUCACCCAGAGCAACGCCAUCAUGCGCUACCUUGGCCGCAAGCACCACCUGUGUGGGGAGACAGAGGAGGAGAGGAUUCGUGUGGAUACUUUGGAGAACCAGGUCAUGGACACCCGCAUCCAACUCAUGAUAGUCUGCUGCAGCCCUGACUUUGAGAAGCAGAAGCCAGGGUUCUUGAAGACCAUCCCUGAGAAGAUGAAAAUCUACUCUGAGUUCCUGGGCAAGCGGCCAUGGUUUGCAGGGGACAAGAUCACCUAUGUGGAUUUCCUUGCUUAUGACAUCCUUGACCAGUACCGUAUGUUUGAGCCCACUUGCCUGGACGCCUUUCCAAACCUGAAGGACUUCUUGGCUCGCUUUGAGGGCCUGAAGAAGAUCUCGGCCUACAUGAAGAGCAGCCGCUUCCUCCAAAGACCUGUGUUUACUAAGGUAGCCCAGUGGGGCACUGAUUAGGCUGCUGCCAUGCUGUGGCAUUCACAGGGAGGAGCUGUUCAUACAGGGAUCCUGCAGGCCCUGGGGACAGCUGGCCUUCUGCACUGCUGCCUCCAUGCU